AUGGACUGCUGCCUUGUUAACAACGGAGCAGCGAAGAGCUUCAACUCGGGAUCUUCAAGUUCGAGUCCUGCCACGCCUACCCGAGGCAUUGGCAGGUUCGGCACUCCUCGAACUGUGUUCUCGCCUACAGCAUCAUAUUCUCUUGUCAAGCCUACCAUUGAGAAGGUGGUUGAUCUGCAACUUCCUGCUGCUGCUCGCAACGGCGACGGUGAGACGUGCUGCAGCAGCGUGCUUCUGAAGAGCAUGAGGCCGCUUCUGGAGAAUCUUGCGAAGCGCCUUGCUGACGGGCAGCACAAGCCGACCUUGAAGGUGCAAGUUGUACCUGACGCACCUGAUGUGAAGCGGCCUGGAAUCGGCCGCUUCGGAGGCAAGCCUGCUGCUGCUGUGCUUGCACCUGUGGUCGUCACUGCUGCUCCCUUCACACCAUCUGCUACUGCUGCAGUGACACCGUCUGCUGUGGUUGCGCCUGUGGUGGUGCCUGAGGUAGCGCCUGUGGCUCCAGUGGCUUCAACCACACCACAGGUGCCUGAAGCGUGUGUGACCACAGAAGCAAAAUUCGAGGAGACGAAUGCAUGCGCUGCUGAUCCGAGUGAGAAAGCGAGGUGGGACAAGCUGCGUCAGGAGGUUCGAGCCAUGGAUUGUGACUGGGUCAAAAAGUUGAGAGCACGUGCUGCUUACUUGAGAUGGGCCAAGCUGGACCAGGCGACGUGGGCCAGGGACAUUGAAGCUGCCAUUGAAGCCUCCCUGCCUGCCUGGAUUGUGCCUGGUAAAACUGCGGUGAGCACUGGUGUGAAGGGUGGCAAGGGCAGCAGCACGCAUUCAGGCGCUUCUCCAUGUGCAGCAGUAGCACAGAAGCCAAGGCCUGCCCCACGUGGUGCAGCAACAGCAGCAGUUGUGGGAUCACGUGGUGCUGCAUCAUCAGUGGGAGCAGCUGGCAAGGCCAGCAGCGGACACGCGAGUGGGGUAAAGAGGAGAGAUGAGGAUGUGUGUGCGGAGGGAGCAGCAGGGAAGGCAGCAGGUGGAAGGCAGGGGGGUGUGAAGGCAGCAGGUGGCAGAGCAGUGGCAAGUGACGUGUGUGGCAGAGAGGGGUUCAAGCAGCAGGCGGGGAGGAGAGAGGGUUUGGUGCAUGAGAUGCAGGCAAGGCCAGGUUGCAGCAGCAGCAGGGCGCACAGAAGGAGCUCCUGA